CGUCACGGAGCCGGUGCGUGGAUUGGAAAAGGGCGGGCGGGCAGGCAGACGGACGGACGGACGGCGAGCGGCGGCGCCAUGGUGGAGAAGGAAGAAGCGGUGAUCAGUGAGGAGGAGGCGGCUCAGUACGACCGGCAGAUCCGCCUGUGGGGGCUGGAGGCCCAGAAACGAUUACGUGGCUCCCGUGUGCUGCUGGUGGGGAUGAAGGGUCUUGGAGCUGAAGUGGCGAAAAAUCUUAUUCUGGCAGGUGUCAAAGCACUGACUCUACUAGAUCAUCAACAGACUACCGCAGAGGAUGCAAGAUCUCAGUUCCUCAUUCCUGAUGGCUCUUUGGGAAGAAAUCGGGCUGAAGCAUCUCUGGAACGUGCGCAGAACCUGAACCCAAUGGUGGAGGUCAAAGUCGACACAGAUAACAUCAAAGACAAGCCUCAGGAGUUCCUUGCCCAAUAUGAUGCAGUGUGCCUUACUUGUUGUCCUCGUGAUGUGAUGGUCCAAAUUGAUCAGUUCUGCCGAACACACAAUAUCAAGUUUUUUGCUGGCGACGUCUUUGGUUACCACGGUUACAUGUUUGCUGAUCUGGGAGAGCAUGAGUUUGUGGAAGAGAAGCAAAAGGUGGUAAAAGUUGGACCUGGUGAAGAAGAUGGACCUAAAGCUAAGAAAGUCAAGAUUGAUCCAAAUGAAACCACCAUGAUCAAAAAGACGGUGAAUUUUUGCCACCUCAAGGAGGCUCUGGAAGUGGACUGGAGCAACGAGAAAGCUUCCUCUCUGAAACGAACUCCAAGCGAUUACUUCCUCCUUCAAGUUCUGUUAAAGUUUCGAAAUGUGAAGGCCCGCGAUCCUUCACCUGACAGCUAUGGAGAUGAUUCAGAACUGCUACUGCAGCUGAGGAACGAUGUGUUGGAUUCCUUGGGAGUGAAGAGCGACCUACUCGCAGACGAGUUCAUCAGCUCCUGUUUCUCGGAGUUAGCACCCGUGUGUGCUGUUGUGGGUGGAGUACUCAGCCAGGAAAUUGUAAAGGCCUUGUCCCAGCGAGACCCUCCUCACAACAACUUCUUCUUCUUCGAUGGACUCAAAAGUAAUGGAAUUGUGGACUGCAUUGGGCCUAAAUGAGGAAAAUCAGAGGAAGAUCAGACAUGAUUAGGGUAUCCUGGAUGCACAACCUUCACAGCCAAUAACAAGAAUCGCCAGCAAGCAGCAAUACCUAAAAUGCCCAAGUAAUGUUACCAUAUAAGAGAAAGUGAAAUUAUUUGGACAGAUUGGACUUGAUGACACAAUCAUACAGCUGCGCUGAAGUAAUCUCCAAGUUGCAAAUAAAUGCAGUUUCUUCCACUUGCAUGCAUUUACACAGUUAUGGUUUAUCAGUAAAACCACUGCCACUUGUGUCCAAUGUAGAUCUGGUUCUGAGCAUUCUGUCUUGUUCUGUUCCUGUUGCUUAUAAUUGCUUUGGCUCAAAUUUCAGUAUCGGGCAAUGCUGUAUGCAGACGUGCUCUUAUUCCACCCCCCCCCCCACCUCCCCCCCAACCAACCCAUGACAUCCAAGCGAGUGAAUUCCCACCCACGUCACUGAGGCUUUGCAGCAAAUGACAAGCUACCCAAUGAAACACCAUUCAAACUGCAGACCAAUCAAAAUAUAGUAAGUUGAUUAAUAUUAAGCAAUGUGCUCUCCACAUCUCACCUCACCUUUCCCUAUCCCUUGCACUCUCUGCGUUCUUUGCUGGAUCAUGCUUCAUUCUUUGGCUUUUGACUGAUUUGUAUUUGAUUAAUUACUAGCUCCAAAGACCAGAAACGUGAAGGUUGCCAGUCCCUCUGGCAUUCCUGUAGCACCGAGGUAUCAGUAAACAAGAGAGCUGUUGAAGGCUGUUUAGGUCCAAUUAACCUCAACCCUCCGGAGUGCCAACUCUGUCAGUUUGUGGUGUUGGCUGCGACUCAUUCAGACCUACUUUCACUUUGUAGUCAGGUUGUUGGUUCAGUUCCAUUCCAGAGACUCAACCACAAAUAUACAGACUGCAUUCCCAGUGUAGCACUGUCAGAGGUGUUGGUUUUUCCGAGGUGCACUUGCUGGACAUUAAAAAAAAGGUCAUGGUUAUUAUUUCAAUAAAAGAAUCAGGAGAGUUUUCCCUGGUAUUGUGUAGUUUGCUGUAUGUUAGUUGGCUGCUUUCUACAUUCCAGUUAAUGCUUUGGGACAUUCUGAAAGGCACAUGACAUUUGUAGUAGAAAUUCAAGUCUGUCUCUCUUUUUGUCAUUCCACCUGAACAAGCAGUAGCAGUCGUUCAAAGUUCUGUACCUCUUGUCAGUGUAGCACUCUGCUACUGCACUGGGCUGUUGAAAGCUAAUGCACCCCAGGUAUGAAAUGGUCUAAAUUUGGAGGAAAGUAUGUAUUUCCUUGGUGCUGGAAGAGGUUAGAAAUGGUGAGUGAGGAGGUAGUGGAGGUUUUGGAGACAGGGGACAUGAAUUUAUGGUUGAGUAAUCUGCCAAAAGAUGAUGGUCACACUCUAGACUUCAAACAUGGUACAAACAGUCUGGUUUCCUUUCCAGACUGUUCCAGCGAGAGCUGCCAUCUUUGCAGGGAGGGGAGUUAUCCAUAGUUUCUGGCAAAGGCUGCCGUUUCUCUGGUCUUAAUGGAUGGAUCGCAUGUCCAGCAGCAAUUUUGGGAAAUUCUUGUUGUACCUGAACCAGUUGAGUUCAGGAUUCUGCAAUAUAUAGGUGCAAGACAUGGGUGUGGAUUUCAAAUAAAUAAUAGUGCUAAUACAGUAAAUGGAGGAAAUCAUUACUUUGUUAACUCAAGAAUCCAGACACAAAGCUCAAUGGCAAGCAAUCUUGUUAGCCUUGGAAAAUCCUGGUGGAGCUAGAGACUGGCAGGAAUUUGGGCCAGCAAAUGUGACGAUGUUUGUUUACUGUUCAAACAAUUUGAGCUUCUGUGCGAAGCUGACAAUUAUGUAAUUGUCAUUGAACAAGCCGACAUGCGAUAUUGAAAGAACUCUUGUGUCACUCGCUCCAAUUAACUCUGAUAAUCCUCUCAGAACAGGAGGUGAAGGUAUUGGUGUGUCAAAAGCUGGCUGAAUUCAUUUCUGCAAAAAUAGUGCUUUACCCUGUAAUAGAUCAGUGAUCCCACAGUUGUUUGUACCAGUACCACACAACUGUGGAAUGAUUUUAUUACUUAUUUGAAAGAGAGAAGCCUUGGAAAUGUUGUCAUUCUGGGAUGUCAUAGUGAACAUUGUCCCGGCUAUUUUAAUAGCUGUAUUAAAGUUCAAUUUAAACUGGGUUAAUACAGUUAAUCUGAGAACAAUGUGUUAAACUUUUGCCCAAUAACAUAAUUCUCAGGCAUUUCCAGGCUUUGUAAUUAACUAUGGGCUAAAUGUGUUCCUAUUUAGUCAUUUUACCAAUUAUUAAAUACACGGUUUACAUUUUAUCUCUCUGGAUCCAGACAGUGCACAGAACCAUUAUGAGGGAACAUUAUGUUACAGUGUCUAUCUUUCACAAUUUCAUGGAUCAACACGAGAAGAGUUUUUCCAAAAUGACCCUCACACCAUGCACGUUGUUCCUUCAGUCAGGUUUGAGUUCAGUUAUAAUCUUGUCAGAGUCUCCUGGGUUUUACUUAGUUUCUGAAAAGUUUUGUAAUUUUGCAGGGCAGUCUUUGUUCUGUAAAUAAAGUUGACCUUUUUAUUAAAAGCACCUUUUCUUACCUGUAUUUUUUUGAGCCUAAGCAGCAAGGUUGGGUUGUGCUGGAGUGAAUCUCUGUGCUGUUCCAUACUGACCUCACGUUCUGUUUCCCUUCAGGCACACUUAGUGAUUUAAUGAAAGUCUUGUGCAAAGGAUCAGUGAUUGCAUGGUCCAACCCCACCAAGAUAAACCCAGUCAGACUCUCUCUCUGAAGAGGGGGAAGCAAAAUGGAUAAUUGCUAAACUGUGAUAAUUCUUCACAGAUGUUUCCCAACAAUCAACUUGUUGCUCACGAUGCAGUGUUAAAGCAUAAGAACUGGGAGCAGUAUUGAACCAUACUGCACCACAUGCCUGCUUCACCAUUCAAUACAACUAUGGCUGAUCUGAUCUAUGCCUCAAUGCCGUUUUCUUUUUUAUCUGUCAUAAAUCUGUGUCAGCUUAAAUAUAAACAGACUCAGCUUCCGCAGUUCUCUUGGUAAAGAAAGGCAAAGAUUUGCAACUAUCUGAAAGAAGUGCUUCCUCUUGUCCUCUUAUUCUGAAACUAUGCCCCCGGUUCUAGAUUCCUCCUGAGGGGAAACACCCUCUGAACAUCUCCCUUGUCUAAACCCUCAGAAAUGCAUGUUUAGAUGAGAUCACUUCUCAUUCUUCUAAACCCAGCCCAGAGUGCUGAGCCUUUCCCUGUAAACCAACCCCUUGUUUCCAGGCAUCAGCCUGAUACAGGGCUUCAGUCUAAAAUGUCAACAAUCCCUCUCCCCCCCACAGAUGCUGCUUGACUAGCUGAGUUCCUCCAGCAACAGCCUAGUAGUCCUUUGCUGACCUACCUUCCAACACAAGUACGUCUGUCCUUAACUAAGGAAAAUAGUGUGCAGUAAUUCAGAUCAGGUUUCACCAGUGUCAUAGAACAUAGAACAGUACAGCACAGAAUAGAACAGGCCCUUUGGCCCACAAUGUUGUGCCGACAUAGCUAAUCUACCUACAGAAUGUGCAUGUCCCACUAUUUUACCCUCUUUCAUGUGCCUAUCCAAGCCCCUCUUAAAAGCCCCCAGUGAAUUUGCCUUCACCACCCUAUCAGGCAACACAUUCCAGGCAUUGGUAUUGGUUUAUUAUUGUCACUUGUACUGAGGUACAGUGAAAAACUUGUCUUGCAUGCUGAUCAUACAGGUCAAUUCAUUACACAGUGCAGUUACAUUGGGUUAGUACAGAGUGCAUUGAUGUAGUACAGGUAAAAACAGUAACAGUACAGAGUAAAGUGUCAGCUACAGAGUGCAGUGCAAUAAGGUGCAAGGUCACAACAAGGUAGAUUGUGAGGUCAGAGUCCAUCUCAUCGUAUAAGGGAACCAUUCAAUAGUCUUAUAUCGGUGGGAUAGAAGCUGUCUGGUGGUUCGUGCCCUUGGGCUCCUGUAUCUUCUACCCGAUGGAAGAGGAGAGAAGAGGGA